ACCCUUUGGAAUCAUUUUCCUCCUCCCCCUACGACUCAACUGCGUGGGUGAGGGUGGAGGUCCCGCUUUCUUCGCGGUGCCCAUUUCCCAAACACGAUUUCAUCAGGGUUAGCGUCUUGUUUUGCUUUGCAGCUAGCCCUGACGGUGCCAUCCCGUCCACUGUUGAGGCCGGCCAGCCUCACAUGUUCUCUGCGCAAGGGGUGGCAGCUCACCCCCUGCUCUCUUUUUGUUCUUCCACCUUUCGCUUUUGCUGCUGCCGUCCUCUUGACCCCUGCACAACGCCUGAAUGCCACACCUUCUUCGCCAUGGCCCCAGCCGGAUCUCCUUCCAUUUAAGAAGCAGGGAGCCACCACCCCAUUGCUCGUCCUCUCCAGGCUCGCAAGGUAGAUGAGGCACCGGAAAACAGGCUGCUCCAGGGAAGUUCUAGCGCUAAAGGAGCUCCGCGGCGCAUCCCAGUGAGAGGAGCCAUGAGCAGCUUCGCGGGGCAGAGGUCGAGGCCGUGGGUGGGGGUGGCGGGCGCCGGCGCCGGCGCCACGUCGGAGCCCGCGGGCGACAGCGUCGCGAGGGACGACGCCGCGGCGGCCUUGUCCAUGAGGGGCGCCGCCGACGCGCCCACCAACGCCAGCGCCAUCUCCUUCGGCUUCGCGGCCACGGCCGUCCUCGUCUCCAUGUUCCUCCUCAUGGCCAUCUUCGAGCACCUCAUCAAGCCCGGCCUGGCUUCCUCCUCGUCGUCGCCCUCCUCCUCCACGCGCCCCGACGGCGGCGGCGGCGAAGGCCGCGCCCGCGCCGUCGGCCUGCCCCACGCCCGCCUGCACCACCACCACCACCACCGCGACGCGUCGCCGGACAAGCUCGGCCACCCGCCCAAGGUGGAGGACGACCCCGUGGCGGCGGCGGCGGACCUGACGGUGCUGAUGCCGGGGCACCGGUACCCGACGUUCCUCGCGCAGCCGGCGCCUCUCGCGCCGUGGCCCAGGGAAGGCGUGCGCUGGCCUCCCCAUGACCAGGAGCAUCAUCGCAGUUCAUUUGCUCCGCCGCCAUGACUUUUGUUUUCCUUUCCCUUUCUGUGUACAGAGUGUAGUUUGUAAAAUGCAGGGCGUGCAGCACAUUGGUCUGGCUGCUUCUUUGUUCAUGUUCAUGAUGAGGCUUCGAUAGCCCACUGCAAAUGCGUCGUAACUUCAGGAAAUUUUUCCACCACAUUGUCGGCCGGAAAAUGGAAUGGGUUGGCUCA